AUGACCCUGUCCGAGUGCCACCUCGUGCAGGAGACCUGGCACGCAUUCUGCAGCAGCAACUCGGAAAGCGGCGUCCUCAUUUUUGGUGCCUUUUUGACGCAGAACACACACCUACUGCCACUUUUUCGCCGGUUCCGUGCCAUGCCCUUGCCGAUGCUCACCACCGAUCCGGCUUUCCGGGCUCACGCCUGCAGUGCGGCCUACAAAAUCAUGGUCAUGGUCAACAAUGCGGAUGAUCCAGUCCUGUUGGAGAAUCUCAUCCGAAAGAACGCCCUGGCUCACAAUACAGGGGAGGGCGUGUUUUCGCAGCACUUCGAAACCUUGGCAAGAAUAAUCGUGGGCGUGAUGCAGUAUAAAGAUCACAAAAAGAAGCUCACGCUUCCGGCCUCAGCCGUCUAG